AUGCCAACAGAUCAGCAAUCCACCAUCCUCCAGUCUCUGAACCAGGCGCAGCGUCGCGCUGUCACAUCUGAUGCGGCCACUGUCGCUAUCCUUGCCGGGCCAGGGAGCGGCAAGACACAUACCCUCACCUCCCGAGUCGCAUGGUUGAUCAAGCAGAGGGGGUUGAAGCCGGCCGAUGUCAUCGUCGCCACAUUCACCGUCAAAGCUGCCCGAGAAAUGAAGGAACGCAUCGGCAAGGCCUUGGGAGAGGAUGAGGAGAAAGAUGUCGUCUUGGGCACCUUUCACUCCAUCUCGAGGCGGUACCUUGCCAAGUACGGAAGCCGGAUUGGCCUGGACCCUCGAUUUGCCAUCGCCGACGAUGGGGACUCGAGGGCCAUCAUCCAACGGAUAUGCAAGCGAUUGGAUCUCAAGGUUGAACCAGCCUAUGUCAAGGCUUGGAUCAGCAAGCGAAAGGCGAAAGGGUCCACGUCGACGCCAGCGAGGAAGGGCAAGCGUCCGGCCGAGCCCCCCGAACUACACACUUGCUUUAAGGAAUACCAAGAUCACCUGCAGCGUUCCAAUCUGCUCGACUACGAUGACUUGCUCGUACGCUGCGUGGAUCUCCUACGAGAACACCCUUGUUGCGUAUCCAACGUCCAGGCGGUGCUGAUUGAUGAGUAUCAAGACACCAACGGAAUUCAAUACGACCUGAUGCGCCUCUUUGCUCAGGCAAGACAACGCAUCACCGUCGUUGGCGAUCCGGACCAGAGCAUCUACGGCUGGCGCUCAGCCGAAAUACGAAACCUCUACCGCCUUCUGCGCGACUUCCCCGGCACCGACGAAGUGUCCCUUGAAGAGAACUACCGGUCCUCCAAGUCCAUCCUCGACAUCUCUCUCCACGUCAUCCAGCAGGACAAGAAACGAUAUCAAAAAGUACUACUACCCGUCCACACUAAGGGUGCCCAGCCGGUAUUGCGGAAGCUCAAAAGCUCGUCCGCCGAGGGUGAGUGGAUAGUGACAGAACUCAGACGAACGAUCAUGCUCUGCGGGGGCAUGCUGAAGCACCAGGAUGUCGCCAUUCUCCUCCGAUCCGCUGCACUGUCUCGACAGAUCGAGUCGGCCCUCGGCAAAGCCGGCAUUGCCUACCGCAUGGUCGGUGGUAAAAAGUUUUACGACAGAAAGGAGAUCAAGAUCUUGCUCGACUACCUCCGCGUCGUCCAUCAGCCGGACAACAACGACGCCGUGGCGAGGGUGAUAAACGUCCCUCGAAGAGGUAUUGGUGAGGCGACCAUCAAAUCGCUGCUGGAAGAGGCCGAGCAAGCCAAGCUGAGCCUAUGGUCGGUACUGUGGCGGCAUUGUCGCGGGCAGCGUAAGGCGGCUACGAAUAUACGACCCAAGAUGGAGCAAAAGCUGAACACGGAGCUGCUCAAGAUUGUGUCAAGCCUCCAGCGGAAAGUGGAAGAGAUGAAACAGAGCAGCGCGAUGACUCUCGUCGAGUUGGUCGAAGAUCUCGUCAACCAGCUGAACUUCCGAAAGUACCUGCAGGAGGAGUAUGUCGAGGACCACGAAGGAAGGUGGGCAAACGUGCAGGAACUUGUCAAUCUAGCCGGAGAUUUUGUCCGGGACUUUGCAAGGUCCCAAGAGGAUGAGUUGCCAGAGAUCGAUGAAGUCGAGCAGUCCAAAGAAGAAGACAUGCUUGGCCGGUUUCUCGCCAACGUCGCACUGGCGUCCGACGCACAGAAGGAUGGCAAAGACCAGGACACAUCGUCGGUGGUGACGAUAUCGACAAUUCACGCAGCCAAAGGCCUGGAGUGGCCCGUGGUCUUCGUCCCGUCCGUCUACACAGGCUCGAUUCCUCACUCACGUGCCGAGGAUGACGACGAGGAGAGGCGGCUGCUGUAUGUUGCCAUGACCCGAGCUCAAGCUCUCCUUUAUCUCAGCCACCCCAUCCACGCAUCACAGGGUGCAAGCAGCAACAAGGUGGAGCUUUCACCCUUUGUGUCCCCCUUUGCGGCCAGAUUUGCGCAGAAGGGACCCUCCUUCGAUGUGCCAGUGGUGGAAACAGCGGCAAAGAUCCUUGGCCGUCCGGCGCCGACGCAAAGGGCCAUAUUCGGCAAGCUUCCCGCCAUGUUCUCGCCCGAGGACGACAGCUUUCCCGUCGAACCCUACGACCCGACAUCCAUCGACGGCGUCGAUGGCCACUCGGACGGGCACUUCUCGAGGGCGCCGAAGCGACAGCGCAAUGCCUACUCUGUCACCAAGGGUGACGGCGAGGCGGCGGAAACGCACCCGUGGGCGCCUGACUACGCUACGACGAUGGAAAGGUCAUCCGAAUUCACGAUGCCAGCACUUCCCAGAUUCGUCAGCGCCGGAGCGCACCAGACAGCACUCGCCGCGGCAGCGACCAAGGCGCCUGACACGGCGACAGCAGCCAAAGCACGGCCAGGGGGAGGGUCGACCCACCGUCGGCUAGACCAACACAGUCUUCUUGGCUUCGUCACCAUGGAGUCAAGGUCGCAGAAGCCGGCGCCGUCAAAGUACACGCCGGCAGACCUAUCGAGCGCCCGAUACCGAGCGACGGUGUCGCGCCAUACAGCGAGUGCGACAUCUGAGACAACGUCGACGGAUGGUGCGUCGAUGACUUCAAUUGACCCAGCACUAGCACAGCACAAGAUCCCGACCGGCAGGUCUUUUGCUCGCCCGAAUGAUACAAAAUUGGAGCGCAAUGUUUCGAAACCGUACGCGUUCUUCUCGAGCUCGCCCCCGCGAGAUGCAACCCCAGAGAAGGCGGAGGGCAAGGCGGAGGAUAAGGCGACGGAGAAGGUGGGAGCGGCGCCAGAGCCGAUUCUGCCGGCAGCCAGCUUCCACAAGACCACCUUCAUGUCAGUGAUGCCUCGUGCUGGCGUGAGGCGGCCAGUGGGUAUGGGUCCGGCGCCGUCCAUCGAUCGACUUCGGCAGCCGUUCAAGCCGUUCAAACCCUUGACGAUAAAUCGUCCUCAGGCCCCGGGCAGAUGA